AUGCGUUACUCCAUCGCUUCCGCCCUGGCCUUUGCCAGCAGCGUUUCCGCGCACACCCUCAUGUACGGCGCCUGGGUCAACGGCGAGGACCAGGGUGACGGCCGCAACGUCUACAUCCGAACCCCCACCAACAACAGCCCCGUCAAGGACCUCACCAGCCGCGACCUCGUCUGCAACGUCAACGGCGCCAAGGCCGCCCCCAAGUUCAUCUCCGCCGCCGCCGGCGAUACCCUCACCUUCGAGUGGUACCACGACAACCGCGGCGACGACAUCGUCGACCUCUCCCAUCUCGGCCCCAUCAUCACCUGGAUCGCCGAGUACACCGAGUGGGCCGUCCAGAAGCUCGUCGCCAACAAGGGUCUCUGGGACUUUGACCUCCCUUCCAACCUCGCUCCCGGCCAGUACCUGAUCCGCCAGGAGAUCAUUGCCCACCACGAGUCCGACGCCGCCUUCAACGUCAACCCCGCCCGCGGUGCCCAGUUCUACCCUUCUUGCGUCCAGGUCGAGGUCUCCGGCUCCGGCUCCGCCGUUCCCGACCAGGCCUUUGACUUCAACGUGGACUACACCUACGCCGACCCCGGCAUCGUCUUCAACCUCUAUGGCGGCUACAAGACCUACCAGAUUCCCGGACCCGCCGUCUGGGAUGCCGCCAGCGCUUCCCCCGGUGCCGGUUCCGGCUCGGGCGGCAACGGUGAUGAUGAUGUCGCCACUCCUCCCGCUACCACUCCCGCUCCUACUCCUACCCAGCCUGCCGCUGAUCCCGUUGACGAGCCCGAGGAGCAGGCCACCCCCAGCCCCAUCUUCACCACCCUCGUCCCCGACCCGGCCCCCACCCAGCCUGCUGCUGAGGAGCCCGUCGCCGAGGAGCCCACCGCUACCCAGGAGCCUGCCCGCCCUGCCCCCACUCGUGUCUCCCCUUGCAAGAGGAGGAGGCGAAGCAUGAAGAAGCGCGCUUCCGUCGCUUACUAA